CCGGUGUUACAUGUGGUCACUCGGACUGAGACGCCGCCUCCGCCCCGCUUCACUGCAAGGGGGUGGCCCUUGGAAACACCUUGUUUUAACAUACGCGCUAUAAAUACGACUCGCUCAGAGCAUGGGAGCAGAGCUAGAAGCAAGACGUUCACAGAGCCGGCCAGACGCAGCCAGUGUGAGCCGCCGCUCCGAGCACGCCACUCCUUGCAGCAGAGGCUUUCUUGCUUCCAGCCGGCAACUACUUACUGGACAAGGGAAGCUGUGCGGAAAGACGGCUUAGUCCUUGGGAAAGAGAUACCUUGCGCCAGGGGGAGAAAGAGCCGGCACUCUAGCUUUCUUUUCCCCCUUCUCUGAGAAAGGAAACCAAAGGCGGGGAAGGAAAGCAGCAACUUUUCAUCAGCUUGGCGCCUUUUUUUUAAAAAAAAACUCGGGCCUCGCAUUGAUCCCUUCAGAGCAGCUGCUCCUGCUCCCCGAAGUCUUGCUCGGCGCCCUCUCCCUCCUGCUCGUUCGCCUUGUCCUGCCGCGCCUCCGCCAGCCUCCAGGAUGAUGCAGAUCUGCGAGUCGUACAGCCAAAAGCACUCGCUCUUCAACGCCAUGAACCGCUUCAUCGGGGCCGUCAACAACAUGGACCAGACGGUGAUGGUGCCCAGCCUGCUGCGGGACGUGCCUCUCUUGCUGGAGGAGCUGGACGCGGGCGGCGGGGAGCGGGAGGCCUCGCUGAACCCCAACGGCGGCGCCUACUGCUCCUGCAGAGACAUGUACAGCCACUACGUGCUGCUCAAGUCCAUCCGCAACGACAUCGAGUGGGGGGUGCUGCAGCAGGCGAGCGAGGAGGCCGCGAGCCGGAAGAAGGACAAGCUGAACGGGGGCCCCGGCGCCGUGGACAUUAGCCGAGGGAUCCCCGAGGACGAGGAGGUGGAGGAGGACCUGGAGAAGCAGUUUCACUACCACUUGAGCGGACUGCACACGGUGCUUUCCAAACUGACUCGCAAGGCCAACGUGCUCACCAACCGGUACAAGCAGGAGAUCGGAGGCAAUAACUGGGGACACUGAGCCAGGGAGGGGGAGGACGCUGCCUGCCUGCCUGCCUGGGUGAGAAAUUCAGAGGAAAGGGCUAGGGAAGAACGUGUGUGUGUGUGUGUGUGCUGAGUGGGAGAAGCAAAUGCUCUUAUGUGGCUUUGUAAUUGGAGCAGAGAAGAAGCAUAUCGGGGCCAGUGGCGAGCAUAACAGCAGAUGUAAAAUUGUAUGUUUCUAGGAGAGAAGAAUGUGAAGGGUGGAAGGGACUGGCUUUCUUGCUAGGCAUAUCCUAGUGGGGUUUUACUGUUGGCAAGGCUGAACAUCCAUGGAGGCGGGGUGAUGAAUCUGCCUGGUGUAGCAGGCAUAACCAGGUUGUCUAGUAUAAUAUUUCCAGAUUCUGAGGGCUCUGAAUGAUGUACAGUGGCCCAGGCCAGUUACUGAAAGAGUGUGUUUGUAAUCAUUGGAAAACUGUGUGUGCACGCACAUGUGUGGUGGCGGCAAUAGUAGUGGCGAUUGCAUCACUUCUUUCAUGUUUUGCACUACUUUUGUAACGUUAAUAUGUAUAUAAAGUCUUAAGAAUUCUCUUUGCAUGCUCCUAGAUCUACAGGCGUCUUAUUUUUUACCAACACACAAGGAUGUACAUUCAUUACUAUUAAUGAAACUUGUUUUUUUUUACAAGCGAGGUGAACAGUUAUUGUUCUCCUUUAAGUAAAGUUACUUACCUUUCCAUAUUACAUUGAACUGGUCUAUAUGAGGCUGCAAUUGUGCUACUUAAAAACUAUUUAUACUCGGUUGCAGAGGAUGGAACCAGUUAACUAAUGUGCACCCCUAUUUCAAUGGAAAGAUAAAAGGGUCUCAUUGUUGUACAUGCAUUGAAGAUUUAUUUAAAACUUUUUUUAUUCAGAUGUAGAGUAUAUUCUAAAAUAAAUAAGCAAAUAUAUUGACUAAAA